AUGACGUCAGGAGGAGGAGGAGGCGAGCAUGGCUGCACGGAGCAGGGCCACCUGCCGGCGACCGACCGCCGUGGCCGCGACGAGGACGCCCCUCCCCAUUCCGCGCCGCCAUUCCCCUUCUCCGAAGCAGCGCUCGAGAUGAAGAAGAAGCAGAAGCUGGUGCAGCAGCCCUCGCCGGAGAUCCCCGACAGUGCGCUCGUCGAGAUCCUGUCGCGGGUGCCCUACAGGUCGCUCUGCCGCUUCAAGUGCGUGUCCAAGCCAUGGCUCGCCCUCUGUUCCGACCCGGACAUCCGCAGGAGGUGCCCGCAGACCCUGUCCGGCUUCUUCUACAACCGGAGCGGCUGCGGCCUCAGCUUCCGCAAUCUGUCCGGGAGAGGCCCCCCUCUGGUCGACCCUUCGCUCCCGUUCCUACGAGGGCGCUACGAGCGCGUCGAGAUCCAGCAGUGCUGCGGCGGCCUCCUCCUCUGCAGAUACCGGGACUCGUACAAAGGGCGGAACAAGAAGAAAUUCGGGUACGCUGUGUGCAAUCCUGCCACCGGGGAAUGGACUGUGCUGACCCUCAUUGUUUUGCCGGACCCGGUGGACGGCGUUCCUGUGAUCUACAAUGUGAACGAUCUCUUCCUGGGGUUCGACGCCGCCGUUCCGUCCCGCUUCGUGGUGUUUGCGCCCCUGAGCAAUUCUUUCGGCGAGUUCGCGCAGGUGGCCAUCUUCUCAUCGGAGACUAGGCGGUGGGCUUCCGUGGAGAGCGAGUGGCCUUACAAAACCGUUCUUCUUGGUGGUACGGCUUGUGCCUACCUGAAUGGCACAAUGCAUCUGACUACCCAUAGUGGUACAAUAGUCAGUGUCGACGCGGAGGGGGAGACUUGGAGGGAAAUUGAGGAUGGCAUGGAGGAGUACCGUGAGGUUGUUUCUAUUGGGCAUUCUCAGGGCAGCUUGCAUGCUUGGCUGAUAGAUAAUGAUAAGGAUCCCGAACUCUGUGUUUGGGUUCUUGAAGAUUAUGGUAGUGGAAAGUGGACCCUGAAGCACACUGUUGAGAUAUCGGAACUUUUCGGGAGGCAGCCGGACAAAGACGAAGCGUGUUAUAGCAUGCUUGCAAUCCAUCCAGAUUGUAAUUUGGUUUUCCUCACCGACAACAAGAAGAUGACAGUGUCGUAUGAUAUGGAUACUCGGAAAGUUGAUGUUAUCUGCACUUCUGGAGAAUUACUGGUUGGUGCACCUUAUGUUCCUUGUUUUGUGGAAAUGUCGGCAGGUGGUCACUGA